CCAAUCAUGCAGCAGAUGAGCAGAAAGGAAGCCUGGCGAAAAGCAUUUAGUGUUUCUAGAACCUGUUUUUAGGAACAUUUGUUUACCCAAAGGCAUUUUGAGAGGCUACCAACAAACUGACUGCAUGAUAUUCAGGAAAAUUAACUUUACCGUUACAGAUUGUGAAACAGCUAAUGUUUUGUAGAUUAUACAACUAAAUAGAAUGACAAAAAUAGUGAAAAUGUGGUUUUAUUAGAAUUUUCUAGUUUUUUACUGCUGUUCAAAAUCUUGAAAAGGAUCCUCUGAAAUGGCUCUUAAAACGUACCAUCUUGUGACAGUAAUGGAACAGUCCGUGAAAGUGCCAUACGCCACUGAUGGUUAUUGGUUAUAGAUGUUUUUCCUCUGUGGUUUUGGUCAUCGAUCCUUGUAUUCCCGUGAGGGAGACUGUACCUCCUCAGGAAGCGCGCGGAAAACACCUUCAGUCUCCGCGCGCAGACCGGAGCGCGCGCGCAUCUCUCAUUCCUUCAGGCGAGAAGCGCGCGGACCUGAAGGGACCUGCUGCAACAGUCGGCAAAAAAACUGAUAAUUUUUGAAGUCUCGUCGUCGAAUAAAACAUGAAGUGUUUACUGUUUACUUCACAUGCUUUAUGACAAAUGUCGCUGGAGUAAGUUGACGGCACCUCUGGAUAUACUGUUACUUCGGCGGAAUAUCAAGGGAUAAUGUGGAAGUAUUUCAGAUGCCGUGGUGGAUGACAUCCGAUAAUGAACACAGAUUUUUAGAGGCAAUUCUAUACUUCUCAACCAAAGACAAAGCCAUUUGACUUUAACUGUGUGCUCCACCCUGAUGUCAAGGCCUUGUCCUUCCACCCGAGGUCCUAAACCUCCUGUGGCACCCAAACCAAGGCUGGCUUCAGAGGUGAGCCAUAGCAUUGUGGGCAAUGGGGACAUAACAUCCUCUGACAGACUGGAAUUGAAGCAAGAUAAUAAGUCAGAUGUUGCACAGGAGGAAUCAGAUAAAUCCAGAGAAAACUGUACUGACGAUCAAGCAGAGAAUGACUUAUAUGACAAAGAGUUCGCUGUAAAUUAUGACACUACUUGCUAUGAUGAAAUAGAGGACAAAUUGCAAAUGGCAGUGGAUGAAACAAUGGGAGAGGAUGAAGAUAAAAAUGUCACUGAAAUACAGCAUGCAACAACUUUGAGUUUAUCGGAAGCUGUUGAUGAAUGUCUUGAUUCAGCAGAUGAGUUCCACAGCAAAAGCGCUGAUGAUAUCAAGCCAGCUGAGAGCAGAGAAGUUAUUUAUAAUGUACUUGAAGACACCAGUGCAUGUUCUGAGAAUGAUACAUCGACUAAAGCAUGUGAAUCUCAAAGUCCUUAUGAGGAGAUUGAGGAACCACCAUUAAACAGUUUUCAGUGCGCCAAUGGUCAGUACGAAGAGGACAUUGGAGCAGGUGCAAACUGUGUCCAUCAUGAAGCAGAAGAAGAUGGGACUGGACUUUCUUCAAAGGCUACAAACUGCAGUCAACCCUCACUAUGCGAGGAAUACCCUUAUGAUAUCAUUGGCACAUUGGAUGACAACAAUACUUGGCAGGCUGAACGGGCUACCAAAGACCCAUCUGGACGCUUCAGGUUUGCAGAGGAGACAGAAGAUGCAUUUGAGCCCUACUCUGUCAUUGAGGUGGUGCCAAGUGAUUUGAUGUGCACUGCUGAUCCAGAAACAAGAUGCACUGAUGAAGAGUCGAGCAAUGUAAAACCAAUGGACUCUGAGAACACAACAGAGGGAACAUCAAACCAAGAGCCUUACUAUGUGUCAUCGGAAGAUGUGGAAGAUUUAGAGGAGGAACAGGCAAAAUUAGAAAACGGUGUCUCUCUACCUGCUUCUGAGGUUCAGGAAAUGGACAAAAAUGAAGAGGUAGAUGAUUAUGCUGAUAUUGAAGACCAUGAAGGUGAUGAUCACCAGGUGGAGUGUGCUUCGUCAGAGGAUUACGUCGAGAUAGGAGAUGAAGAUGAACCAUUAAACAUGGAGAGGAAAACCAAGGGCAAGAGUGUAAGGGAACGGUCAGCUAGACGACGACAUGAUCUUUUGAGUCAGAGGAACAGCUGCCAGCCACGUCUCAGACUAUGCAACAUCACUGUUCCUGCUGACCUGGAUUUAGGCAGAACUCCAGAACUUACAAACCGUGUUGUUUUUGCCCACACAACAGAAGCCUUUGAAGAGGACAUCGAAGAGCUGGACUGCCAUAUUGUGCCUUUCUUUGAGGACUCGGACACAGAAAGUGACGAACACAUAUACGAGGAGGCUGGCUUCGACUCAGAGGGUGAGAACUUUAUCUCACUGGACAGGAAGAGCAUUGUGACAAGAUCUCGCUCGCUUUCUGGGAAAGUACCUGGAUAUGUUCCUGAGACUGUGCCUGAGGAGACGGGCACGGAGUACCAGUCUCACGACUACUACACUGUGGCCUUAGACCAGAAUGGAGAUCCACAUCCAAAGCCUUCAGAUGAAGCGGAAGCCAAUAGAAUUAUUCCUUCAUUGAAACCAAGGCGUUUUCUUCUUUCCCCUCGGUCACUCUCAGUUGAGGGCAGAGAUUUGCAGCUCUCAGGGCACUUUGAGGGUGAGAAAUCUCUUAGAGAGGAAUACAGACUGCAAAGAAAAGAUGACACACUUUCUUUGCCCUGUGUCAUUACUUCCUCUGGAAGCUUUUCUCAAAGAAGUCACCAGUCCUCCAGUGGCGUGUCGACACCUACAUCUCUAGUCGAUAUCCCGCCUCCCUUUGAGUUAGCUUACAUAACUAAGCGGCCUGUUACCAAAAGCUCCCCAUCACUUCUAAUCCAACAUGAUUCUCCUGACAACCCCAAAAAGAAGAAGACUUCAUUUAAACGCUUUUUGGCUUUAAAAUUUAGGAAAAAAUCAGAAAGCAAAUCCCGGGGUGAUGGCAGUGUCCGCUCCUCCAGGUCAUCGUCUGAGUCUAGCCAUCAUGGGCCCAUUCGAGUGUUGGAGCUUGAUCGAAGGAGCACAAGUGGCUCCCCAAAGCUUCAGUCCCAUGCAGGAAAACCUCAGCGUAACUCAGAAAUACCCACCACGUUUCUGCUUUACAAAGAGAGACAAAGUAGGCAGGGUGCACUCAAGAGUUAUAACAGCAGGGGUAUAUCCAGAGUCGAGUCCUUUGAGGACCGCACUCGACCCCCCUUCAUGCCCUUACCACUCACUAAGCCCCGCUCUAUCUCCUUUCCAAGCGCAGAUACGUCUGACUAUGAAAACAUUCCUGCAAUGAGUUCUGACUAUGAGAAUAUUCAGAUUCCACAUGGGCGGCCUACACGUGCAGUCACUAUUACAGAGUUCUUUGAUGACCACAAUAGGACAGCAGCACCUGCCAAUGAGAACGAUGGCUAUGUGGAUAUGAAUAGCUUUGCAGGAAUUGAAAACAAGUCCACCACUCGAGAGCAAGAUACUGAAAGUGCCUACACUGAGCCAUUUCCUGUUUGUCCUGUGUCUGCAACUGUGUCCAAUGAGGAAGAUCAUGGACGCACAUCUGAGGAAGAGGAUGGUUGUGGAGACCACUGUCAUGAUCGACAGAUUGAUGGCCGAUCAAGAGCCUACUAUGUUGCCAAAGACCUGGUGGACUCAGAAAGAGAACACGUGAAGGCUCUGAAGGUUCUUCAAGAGGAUUUCAGGGCAGCAGUGGAGUCAGGAGGAGAUGAUAACGGACCUCUGAUAGAAAAUGGGAAGCUGGAUGAGAUCUUCAGCACUCUUCCUCAGGCAUACAGCUUACACAGCGAGAUCCUCAACGAGCUGGAGACCCGUAUUAAACAGUGGGAGGACAGUCCGACAGUGGUUGAUGUGAUAUUAACGCGCCGAGCUGAGUUUUCUUCUUUUGCGACCUACAUCUCCAACUAUGAUCGCAGCAUGUCAGUGCUGGACGAGAGCUGUAGAAAGAGUCAAGCUUUCGAGGAUGUGGUGAAACAGUUUGAGACACAGAAUGCAGAAGGAGUUCUUGUUCCUCUGAAACAUCAGCUGCUCCGGGUCAUUGUGCGUAUUCUUCAAUACCGCAUGCUGCUUACAGACUACUUGAACAACCUCUCCCCUGAUUCGAAAGAGUAUGAAGACACACAAGCUGCGCUGGUAAUCGUGUCAGAGGUCGCAGACCAGGUUAAUGACAAUCUAAAACACGGGGAGAACCUGCUUCGUUUGGUCCACAUCGACUACAGUGUAAGAGGAAAAAGAGACCUCCUUCAACCUGGAAGGGUAUUUGUUAAGGAGGGAACCCUGAUGAAGGUCUCUCGUAAAAGCAGGCAGCCCAGACAUCUCUUCCUGAUGAAUGAUGUGAUGCUGUACACCUACCCUCAGCAGGACGGCAAAUACAGACUGAAGAACACACUCACUUUAAGUGGAAUGAAAGUCAGUAAACCCAUCAUAGACAAUGUGCUGAACACACUCAGAAUAGAAGUCAGCGACGUCACCAUCACACUCUCAGCCAGCUCUUUAGGAGAAAGAGAAGACUGGUUUCACACACUGAGUCGGGCUAUCGCUGAUCACGCCGCAGGCCUCAAUACCUUCAGCAGCUCCAGCGAGGCCAGAGAGAAGCUGUGGAUGUCAUUGGGAGAAGCUGCUCCUGUUCUGGUUCCUGUGUCUCAUGUGAUGAUGUGCAUGAACUGCACGUCUGACUUCAGUCUAACACUGCGACGGCAUCACUGUAAUGCAUGCGGAAAGGUUGUGUGUCGCUCCUGCUCAAGGAACAGGUAUCCUCUAAAGUACCUGAAGGACAGGAUGGCUAAAGUCUGUGACCACUGCUAUGCUGAGCUCAGAAAGAGAGGUGGUGAUGUUCCUGGAUCAUGUGGGAGUGUGAGUCCACGCACACACAGGGCCAGCAGACCUCUCUCAGCUGUGUUUCAGAGCCUGCAGCCACCCAGCCUUUGGAGGAACAGGAAGAGCAGCUCGCCUCUCACACAGGUGUCUGUGGGUGCAGAGGGGUCCACUAUGAGUGGCAGUUUGCAAAGACGCAAAAAAAGCAAAAGGAGGUGGAAGAGGCUGUGGUUCCUGCUCAAAGACAAGGUGCUCUACACCUUUAAAGCACGAGAGGAUAAAGUGGCAUCUGAAAGUCUUUCACUGCAGGGUUUUACUGUGAAGCUGUCGGAUCGAUCAGAGGGUGAAGACACAGACAACGUCUUCCAGCUCUACCAUAAAAAAACACUGUAUUACACCUUCAGAGCGGACGACCAGCCCACUGCACGCAGGUGGGUAAACGCAAUGGAAGAGGCCACAGUGUUAUAGUAUCCAGCGCUCUGUCCAGACGACUACAGAACUCUGCACAGAAUCCCUAAACUCAUUUGUGGGCUUCAAUAAAUGACUUCAGAGUCACCUGUGCCUGAGAAACCAGCGGAAUCACACCAUAAAUACCUUUGUUUUUUUUUUAUCUUUUUGGCUGCUGAAUUAAAUGACAAUUACAAAAAAGGCAUGUUUGUGCUGUUUCAGGACCAGUCCUACGCCUCGACUACUUCACCGACCAAUUCAAAAAGUGCCAAAUGUAAAAAACAGUGCAGUUCGGUGAAGCUCAGAUGUUUCCAAACCACUCAUCUGCAUCUGAUAAAGGAGAAUGUUUGUUUUUUGUUCUGUUUUCAGAAUCUCAGCAACCUUUCUAUAUGCAGAUAUAAUUGAGAGCUGUCAUUUUAUAUAUUCAUGUAAAAUUAACAAAUAAAUGAAGUACAGUUCAGGUGAAUAGGCUUGUUAUAGACAAUAUAUUGUUCAUUUAAACAUUUAGCGUGACAUAUUCUACCAUCUCAGAUACACAAAGUUCAUGUUUUAUGUACAAAUGACAUCAUGUGAUAUGUAUUUACAUUUGGAUUAGAUGCAGAAUUGUAUAGCCUGACUGAAGCGAGCUGUACAUUUUACAAUUCUGUGUAAUAUAUUUAAUUUGCAACUAAGAAACGUUAAGAUAUUGCCAUCAUCUGCUGUUGUUCACUUUAAAAAAUCUUUUCACACUUGGAAGUACUUUUAAUUGAUUCCCAAGAUGACUCUGUACCCUUAUAGAACAUAACCGAACCAAACUAGCUGAUUCGAAUGUUAUCACUGGAUUGAAUGGGCGUUAUCAGUGAUUAUCAGCUGAUAGAUACGGGUGCAGAAGGCCCCUACUUGUAGGCUCAGAAAGCUGUUAUCAUCCAUCCACAUGGUUUAUCAGCUAUAUUUCACAUACGGCUGCGGCCAGAAGUUAACAAGAAUUAUUUAUAUUGUUUUUUAAAUCUCGCAUUAAUUGUAUUUUAUUAACGUCUACCCCAACCCUAAACUCAACCGUCACAGUAAUGUAAAAAAAAGAUCUGGAUCUGGGGUCUUCUAUAUUAGUAUAGCUGUUUAGCCAUGUGGAUGGAUUAUAACAACCUUCUGAGCCUAACAGUAGGUGAAGAAGGCCCCUACUGGCCCAUAUCUAUCAGCUGAUAACCACUGAUUACACCCAUUCGAUCGAGUGAUAACAUUCAAAGCGGGUGGCCAAACAUGGCUGUACAGUAGAGCUGUGCUAACUUUUAGAUCUCCAAAUUAGAACAAAACGGACCACAUAUUUGAAUAUCAUCCUAUAUACUAGAAGUCAGAAUUAUUAGCCCCCCUUUGAAUUUCCGUCUUUUUUAAAUAUUUCCCAAAUGAUGUUUAACAGAGCAAAGAAGUUUUCACAGUAUGUCUGAUA